AUGGCACCCUCCGCCCUCUCCUCCACGCCCCCCUCUCCCACCCGCACUCCCCUCCCCCGCAUCCUCGUGCCCGAGAAACUCUCCCCGGAAGGCCUCGCCCUCCUCCGCUCCACCGGUUUCCAAGUCGACACCCCGGCCCCGCCCCUCUCCGCCGCCGACCUCCUCCAGCAGAUCCCCACGUACCACGCGCUGAUCGUGCGCUCCGAGACCAAAGUCACCGCCGCCGUCCUCGCGGCCGCCAGCAAGCUGCGCGUGGUGGCGCGCGCGGGGGUGGGCGUGGAUAAUAUCGAUGUCGAGGCGGCCACGCAGCAUGGGGUUAUUGUCGUGAAUAGUCCGAGCGGGAAUAUUGUGGCGGCUGCGGAGCAUACGGUUGCGUUGUUGUUGGCGUGUGCGCGGAAUGUGGGGAGGGCGGAUGCGGGUAUGAAGGGGGGCAGGUGGGAGAGGGGGAAGUUGGUGGGUGUGGAGGUGGGCAGUAAGACGUUGGGGAUUGUGGGACUGGGGAAGGUGGGUAUGAAGGUUGCGAGGAUGGCGAAGGGGUUGGGCAUGGCGGUGGUCGUGUAUGAUCCGUAUGCGAGCGCGGAGGUGGCUAAGCAGGCGGGGGUGGAGUUGAGGCCCGAGUUGAGUGGGUUGUUGCCGGAGGUGGACUUCCUGACAAUUCACACGCCACUACUGGCGAGUACUCUGAACCUACUCGGGGAGAAAGAACUCCAGUCGAUGAAGAAGACAGCGCGGGUGCUGAACGUGGCGAGGGGUGGCGUGUACAAUGAAGAGGCGCUGUUAAAGGCCCUUGAUGAAGGUUGGAUUGCAGGAGCUGGGCUGGACGUGUUUACUUCCGAGCCUCCUGCCGAAGGGUCUGUGGCUGCAAAGCUGGCCGCGCAUCCCAAGGUGGUGAGCACGCCGCAUCUCGGUGCGAGUACUGUCGAGGCACAGGAAAAUGUCUCGAUGGACGUCUGCACGCAGGUGGUGGAGAUCCUGAGCGGAGGGUUGCCCACGGCGGCGGUCAAUGCCCCGUUGAUUCUGCCGGAAGAGUACCGACGGCUGCAGCCGUUUGUCAAGCUUGUCGAACGUAUGGGCAGUCUUUACACACAACACUUUGCCGAACGCGGUGGCAUGGUUGGCGGCCGGCGUUUUGAGUUGGUGUACCACGGCGAGCUGGCUGGCAUAAACAACACCCGGCCGUUAUUUGCGGCCCUGGUCAAGGGCCUCGUCAGCUCCAUCAGCGACCUCGGCGGGCGGGACGUCAACAUUGUCAACGCCACGCUGAUCUCCAAAGAGCGUGGUAUUGCUAUCGACGAGAAGCACGUCCGGAACGGUGGCAGUGUGCCAACUUAUGCGAGUGCUGUGACCCUCCGCAGUCUGAAGAUUGAUGACGGCGCAGGACAAGCCAGCGAACAAAUUAUUGAGGGAUAUGUGAGUGGCAAUGCUGUGUUCAUCUCGAAAUUAGACCGCUUCAGGGCAAACUUCCAACCCGAGGGGACGCUACUGGUGUUGCACAACUAUGAUGAGCCGGGCAAGAUCGGCAAUGUCGGCAUGGUCCUGGGCAAGCACGGGGUCAACAUCAACUUCAUGCAAGUUGCUGCCCUCGAGGACGGAGCUGGGACGUCAACUGUGGUCCCCGUGGUUGACGGACCGGUGGAGACGGCGGGCCCUGCUGCGAAGGAAGCACUCAUGAUCUUGGGGGUGGCGGGGGAUGUCACCGAGGGGUUGCUCAGCGAGUUGAAUCAGUCAGAGGGCAUCUUGCACCUCAGUUUGCUAAUCAGCUUCGGUUUAUCGCCGGUUCAAACAAGGACGACGCGUGUGAAUGAGGGGCCACAACCCACGCCGUAUCCGACUCCCUUCGCCGUUAUGGACGACCUGUCGCGGAUGUCGGACGUGGAGGGUGAAGUGGCUGUAGUCGAUGAUCGAGGUUUUGGGCCGUCGGGCAAAAAUAUCAUUCCAUCGCCAGCACCCAAAUCACGGUCAUUAUCGGAUGGAGGAGGGAAUCCCAGGUUAUCUCCCUCCCCCCACAUUGUCGAGGCGGUCCUUCGCCAGUCAAAGGACGAUAUCGCAAUUCGCGACAAGGACCACGAGCGCAUGUCAUCGCUUCCCUCAACUCCGAUCCGCGCAAACUUUUCCGCUCGAGGUCUUUCGGUACAAGUACCCCCACACGAAUCUGCAUCACCCGCUUCCCAGUCCGGCUAUGCCAGACCCGCUCCGCCGUCGCCGAAACUCGAACACCACUAUUCGUCGCCCACGAACAUCCUGCCGCGCCGAUCGCGGGGUCUGGAUUUUACUCGCGCCGCCACCAGCCUUCACCAUUCCACCCUCGCCGGCCAGACUUCUUCUGAUUCAUCCCCCACCGUCGGCUCCCGGGCCAUGAACAUCCCCAGCCGCCGCGCCGAGUACGGGGGAACCGACCAGACAUCGACGUCGCUGUGGUCGAUGAUGGGUAGCCAGGAGCGCAUGCACAUUUCCAGUUCCGUGGGAAGCACCGCUCGUGCCAUGUCCGACCUCUCAUCCAGCUCAGACGACGACGACUAUAUGGACGAGGACAUGGACGACAGUUAUAUCACAACUCCACAAGUGCAAAGGGUUGGCAUGCCCAGCGCCGCUUCGGCUGUGGGCGCGCCGUGGAUGCCAGGCUCUCCAGCCGCCAGUAACCUUUUGAGUUUUCAGCAGCGCCAGCGCCAGCGCCAACGCAAACACCCUCAGAAAAAGCCCCGCGGGCCAUUGGGGCUCGGCUUUCAUUCUCCCGGCCCGGCCGCCCUGUCAAAGUCUCCGCCCAACAACAACAUGGUUGGUGGUCUAAACGAGAUGUCGCCCCAUGCGAGACGUGAGAGCAUCAGUUGGGCUGCCAACCAGUUACACAUCUCCGGUAAUGAGAGCGACGACAGUCAUAGUAGACCCCCCGACGCCCUCGACAGUCCGUCGCGCCCAAGUAUUGUUCGGCGUGCCGUAACGCGGCGCGGAAAUUUGCUGCCCAAAACAAAAGGAUUUGCGCGAAUCCGCGCUGCCCUCGCCGAAGAGAGCGCACCUGUGGAGUCGGAAUUCCGCCACGAAGCCGAGGUUGUCCGUCAGGUCCGUGAGAGCGACAUGGACCUCGAACCCAGACCGUCACAAGCAACAGUCCUGUCUAGCCCCAAUCUGGCAACGCACGACAGCCUUGAGGAGAUCAACGAUGAUAUUAUGAUGAUGGACCCGACCGCCAGCGCGUUAGGGGUCACAGGGACUUUUAAGCAACAGGCCAUGAAGAACUCCAAGGGCAAGGUCUUCUGGGACACCUUUUCGGAAACGAGCAGCUCAGGCGCCACCCAGCGUGUAACCCCUCCCCCGCCGGCCUUUGGCCUCGCUCGGGCCUCGUCAGGCGUAGGCUUGGAAGAUGUCAGCAUGGGCUCACCCUCGGCCUCCUCCACCGGCGGCGCCAGCCAGAGCAACCCCUUCGUCCUUCCCAACGCCGGCACACAAACAACAAGAAGCAGUUCCGGCCACGGCACGCCCUUACCCCCUCCUGGCCAUGGUAACAACAACAACAACAACAACAACAACAACAACAACAACAACAACAACAACAACAACAACAACAACAACAACAACAACAACAACAACAACAACAACAACAACACCCAGAGCAACAACCAAUACUCCACCGCAACCCCCAGCAACCCCAGCAGCCAAAGCGCGAUCCACCCCCACGGACCACCAAUGGGCAUGCCCAUGUCGACGCCGCCGACGGCCGCCGAGAUCACGCGGCGCAUUAACAGCAAGCGGCGCCGCGACGACGACCUCGACCCCGUCAGCAUCAAGCGCCGCGCCGUCAGCCCGGGCAUGAGCGUCCACAACUCCCCCGUCAUGCAGUCCCCGCUGCAGCGAGACAUGGAGCCGUGGGGGACUGGGACUGGGAAUGGGAAUGGGACUGGUGGGGGGCCUGGGUCGGCCAUGUCCAUGUCUUCGCGUCCGGGUAGUGUGGGCGGGGAUAGUAGUGCUGGGGGGAGUGCCCAUGGCGGUGGUGGUGGUGGUGGUGGGAGGGGUGGGAAGGUCAGGGUUGGGUUCCAGGGGAUGGUGGAGACGCAUGAUGGGAUUACAAGGUUGAGUAUUGAGUAG